CGGGAAAUGCUAUAAAAUGAGGGUUGCGAGAUGGAGUUCGUCACGAACGGUCGCUUUCCCGAAGAGAAAUCAUCACUUUCAAAAUAAUAUUAAAGCUUAAAAAGAUUAAAUUGGAAUAAAGAAAAAUUUAUAACCUAAAAUUAAUAAGGAAAUUGAUUCCGUGAAGCUUUUUUUGAAAGUUGAUUUCUUUGAAGCAACAGAUCGUUGAGGGAACGUGCCGGGAUAAUUUUUUUUGAAAGUUGUGAAAUGGGAAAAAUUAUUUCUGAGGUGUCCGUUGUGUUAUGGUUGUUUUUAACAAUUUUAGUGGCGAUUAAAUCCGAAGAGGAUUGCGAUCCAAAUUUCGAAAACAUCCUAAAAUUAAUUUUAGACCCAAACGAAUCUUCACUGCAACAGCAGGCUCUUCGCGCUGAAUUAGUUCAACGCGUAAAAGAAGCUUUACAACGAGAGGAAUUCGAAAAUGAAUUGGUCGAUUAUAAACGUUCCUUAAGCUCUUUAGCGAGAUGGGAUAAUUUACCCGGUAAAAAAAGAAAUUUGGAGUCUUUAGCUAGAGCUGGUUACAUAAGAACUUUACCUGACGACGACCAAAGUUUUAAAAGAAGUAUUUCAUCGUUGAUUAAAGCCGGCCAAUUACCAUCAAUUCAAUUAAACGACGAUUUAAAACGAGGUAUUCAAAGUUUAGCAAGAAACGGCGAACUUCAUUAUAAGAGAGAAAACCAACGAGAUCACGACGAAUACGAUAACGAUGAUUACGACAAAAGAAACAUUGCUUCUUUAGCAAAGAGUUAUAAUUUUCCGGUUUAUAAAAGAAAUGUUGCGGCGUUAUUAAGACAAGAUAGUUAUUUAAAUGGUCGCGAUGACAAUCAAACUCUUAAGAAACCAUUUGAAAAUCAUUUAAUCAAUGAUAAAAGGAAUAUUGGCUCCAUUAAAGCUCAAUAUAAACCAAAAUAUAAAAGAUCCAGCAAUAAUAACGAAAGGGUGAAAAGAAAUGUUGAUUACGAUGAAAGUUUUGGUGAUAUUUAUCGGGAAGAUCCGAUCGAUUACGAGGAAAUGUUGAAACAAGUUUCAGAAAAUUAUGAAAAUCCAGAGAAAAGAUUUUUAGGUUCUGUAGCGAAAACCGGUUGGUUUCGGCCAUCUGUAAAACUGUUAACGGCGAAUAAAAGGCACAUCGGUGCAUUGGCACGUCUUGGAUGGUUACCAACACUAAGAAGUAUUCGUAGAUUUAAUAGAUCAGGAAGAUCAAGUGUUUCCUGUGAUUCAAGGCCGUUUACCGCAAAUGGGAAAAUCCAGAACAACGCCAUCCCCGAAGUCACGUUUGAAUUAAUGGAUAAACAAGUACCAUCCGAUGUUUAUCUUCAAUAUAGGGAUAAAUAGAUUGUUUGAAUUUUUUUUUUUUUUUUUGGGGAGAGAACAAACAAAGUUGGGAUUAUUAAAGUUUUACAUAUCCAAGAAAAAAUGUUUAAAAAUCAUAUCGUGAAAUAAAUAUCAUUGUUUCUUCCAAAAAAAAAAAAAUUAAAAAAGAAAUGAAUUCAACAAUCAAGAAUAUCGCCAAAACAUAUUCAAUUCGCGGUGAUAAUAAAAUGAUUCUUUAAAAAUUAUUUUAUUAUCGACGUGAUUAAAUUUAAGAUUUAAGAUUAUAAUUAAAAAUAAUAAUUAUUUCAUCAUCACCACGACGUUAUGAUUAAGUUAAAUCUUCGAUUGAGAUAAUCUCAAAUUGUAGAAGGGCUGGAUCUAUUAUAUUGAGAUUUAUUUUCGAUAAAAACUUGAAUGAUAAAGAUAACCUGAUGACAAUAACCAAGAAAAUAUUAUGCUGUACUUGACAAUACUUAUUAAAAUAAAUAAAUGUAAAAUGUUUAAAAUUAAAAAAAAUAAUGAAACGUAAAAAAUGUGUUAUGUAAAACGAAGAAGUCUUCCGCGGGCUUCUCUGUCAUUGCGUAAUUGACAAUAAUAUUGAAGAAAAAAAUUUAAAAAAAUAAUAAUGACAAUAAUAUAGUCGAAAUUUUCUAAUAGGUGUUUAAAGAACUAAAUUAUUAUAUUCAUAUACUUAUUAUAAAUGUGUUAUUUAUGUAACUGUAUUUAGUCUUAAAUAAAUAUAUCUACACGAUCAA